AUGGCUUGUGAUAAUCGUACGAGAGUGUACCUGGGAUAUGAAGAUGAAUAUGUCACUGAUAAACAUCGUCCGAAUAUUAACUUUAUGACAAAUAAGAUCGGUGGAUUUCCAAACUGUUAUGAAAAAAAUAUACUAUCAUUACCACAGUGUAAGUUGUGCAGAUUAUAUCAACUCUUGGCUCUUCAGCUAUAUGUUCCAUUAGAUAAUUCCAAGUACCAUCGAACACUUUAUAUUUUCGCAUGUAUAAAUCCAAAUUGUUGGAAUCAAAAUGAAAGUUGGACUUGUUUAAGAGUUCAAAUACCAGAAGAUGUAUGCAAACCAAAUGCUUUAGAUAGUAGUACAGUAAAUGUACCAUCUACAACAUCAUGGUUAUCAGAUGCAGAUGAUUGGGGUGAUAAUUUGAAUGACAAUUCCUCUGAACAAAAUGGAAAUAAUUUAUUGCCAAACAAUGUAACAGAUUUCCACUUUUCUUUGCAAAAAGAUACAGAUGAAAAUAUAAGAGAAGAAUUUUCUGCAUUACAUGUUGAUGACCCUAAUGCAAACAGUCCAACAAGUAUAGAGUCUCCAGUUGGAAUAGGUGCUGUAGGUAAAUUAGAUUCUCCUCAAGCAUCUGCUGAAAUUGAUGGAGAAGAAAGUGAAGUUGUUUGUAUUGAUACUCCAAUCCAGCCUCAAUGUGAUUUAAUAGAUUUAUUGAGAGAAGUUACUCCAUUUCCUAUUCAAGUAGAAUCAAACAUUGAUACAAAAUUAUCAUUUGUUGAAAUAUUUAUUUCCGUCGAAGAAGAAGUCUACAGUGCAGAUGUGCCACAACAUGUUCGUGAUUUACUCCUUGAAUACCAAUACAAAAAUCCGGAUUUAUCAACAAAGUCUGCAGCAGAUAUAGAUGAAGGCAAGACCAUAGAAACAGAUUCAGAAAAAUAUGAAAAAGGCAUUCCAAUGCAUGGAGAUGAAAUGUUUCAUAAUUUUGUCUCUCAGAUACAGAAAAAUCCUGGUCAACUUUUACGAUAUUCCCGAGAUAAUUCUGCACCAUUAUUAUUAUAUCCUAUCAGUGGAUGCGUUGGGAAAUGUCGACAUUGCGGUGGUGAAAUGACAUUUGAAGUCCAAAUUUUACCUACAUUGAUUUCUAAGUUAAUACUUCAACCGCGAGUUGAAAAAAAUUUCCAAAUUGAAUUUGGAACUGUUUUAAUAUACACCUGCGUAAGAAGUUGUUGGUCUCCAUUGGAUUUAUACAGGGAAGAACAUGUUAUUGUUCAAGCAGAGAAAUUAUAG